ACUGAGGACAAGAGCCGUAUUGUCGACCUUCUACGUGGCCGAAUUGCAGAGCUCAGUGUGCAUAAGUUUGCCAGCAAUGUGGUUGAAAAGGCGAUCGCUAAUGCAACCCGGGCCGAGCGACAGGCCCUUAUCAAUGAAAUGCUCGAGGGCGAAUCUUCUCCACGGUCUGACACUGGAGGUGAGGUGGCACCAGAUUUAUCUUUAGCCGUACCAACAGAUGAUCUAAUGCUCUCCGGUGAUGAUCUACUCGUUGAUUCGGGCCCUUCUAUCUCUGGCGAACGAAUUGCAUCUGGAUCUAAUGGAUUCGGGCUGGCGCGAGAGCCAGGUUUAGGACAUCGGGAUUCUGUCUUGUGCAUGAUGAUGAAAGAUCAAUUUGCCAACUAUGUGAUUCAGAAAAUGCUUGAUGUCGCCGAACACUCUAUCCGCAAAGAACUAAUGACCCGCAUUAGGCCAUAUCUUCCGAUGCUACGCAAAUACACCUAUGGAAAACACAUUAUAAGCAAAAUGGAAAAGUAUUACAUGAAAACCAACCAAGCACAUCUGGCUGUAGGGUUGAAUUCCCCGUCUCCACCACCAUCUCAACAGCAAUCAUCCGCCAAUGGAUCGUCUGCUCUCUCGCUUCCUGGGCAAUCCCAAUCUGGGGGACAGCUUCUCUCUUCGACUUCUUCUACGGCUUCAUCGCCUUCAUCUUCUGUUUCAUCUACCACCUCUUCACAUGCUCCGCUUGGACCUGGGGGAUUAGCUUGUCUCAGCAAAGGAAUAGUUGGGAUUUGCUCAGUUCUUUCGCCUGGCUCCAAAUCUACUGGCUCUGGCUUUUCAUCAUCCUGUACGCCAGCUGGCUGCUCCAUUGGCUCGCUCGGUUCGUCUGCCGACCACCCAGGACUCAGCCUGCUCACAUCAGCCACUUCCGGUCGUGGGAGUGGUGGUAGCAGUAGUAGCAGUAGUAGCAGUGGUGGUGGCACUACUGUUCUCCCACCCUUACUCACAGCCAAUGAUAUGGUGUCCGGUCUCAAGCCUGGACUUGGUCCCCAUCAGCAACCACGGCUCACUAUGACUGCAUCCUCGCGGCCUGGGCAGUCACUAUCUCGCGGUUCUCUACAUUCUUCGAGUGCUGCCGACCUUGUUGGUCGAUUGCAUCAUGGACGCACUAGUGGGUCUUCUUCACCUUUAACAGGUAGACAGAAGGUACCUGAUAUUGACUCUUUGGUCAACACGUCGCCCUGUGGUACGGAACCCGUGGCUUCUACUUCCGCUAAUUUUACUACCUGCCUCCAGGUAGAUGAAAGAAGCAGCUGUUCGAUGGAUGAAGCUUCAAAAUCCUUAGAGGGCCCAGUAGUAUUAACGACUCUAUCAACAACCUCUGAAACAGCUUUGACACAAAAUGGUCUUUCCAUUGGACAGGAGGAAAAUAUUGGUACGACCGAUGCUGCAGAAUGCGAUGAAGUAGAAAAGGAAAAUAAGAGUGAGUCUGAGGUUUUGGGGCCACCUGAUCAGUAUGGCAAGAAGGAGACGGCCAUUGAAGCUGCUGUGGCAUCUGCUGAGUCGGUGGCCGCUGACGCUUAG